AGACAUCUGCUCUUCACAUGAAUGCACUCACCUCCUAGAGAACAGCCUGCCAUCAUGCUCUGGAAACUGGUUGAAAAUGUCAAGUACGAAGAUAUCUAUGAGAUGUUAGUCCACACCUAUUCCGCCAUGGACCGGCAUGAUGGAGUGCCCAGCCACAGUUCCAGGCUGUCCCAGCUGGGAUCCGUCUCCCAGGGACCCUACUCCAGCGCUCCUCCGCUCUCUCACACCCCGUCCUCGGAUUUCCAGCCGCCUUAUUUCCCACCCCCCUACCAGCCUCUUCCUUACCACCAAAGCCAGGACCCUUACUCCCAUGUCAAUGACCCCUACUCCCUAAACCCCUUGCAUCAACCCCAGCAGCACCCCUGGGGACAGAGGCAGAGGCAAGAGGUGGGAUCAGACACCGGGUCACUGCUGCCACAGCCUCGGGCCGCCCUGCCCCAGCUCUCGGGACUGGACCCCAGGCGGGACUACCACUCGGUACGGCGGCCAGAUGUCCUGCUGCACUCAGCUCACCAUGGCCUUGACUCCGGCAUGGGGGACAGCCUUUCCCUGCACGGCAUCGGGCACCCGGGAAUGGAGGAGGUCCAGUCAGUUGAAGAUGCCAAUAACAGCGGUAUGAACUUAUUGGACCAGUCUGUCAUUAAAAAAGUUCCUGUCCCUCCAAAAUCCGUUACUUCUUUGAUGAUGAAUAAAGAUGGCUUCCUGGGUGGAAUUUCCGUCAACACCGGAGAGGUGUUCUGCUCUGUCCCCGGCCGUUUGUCUUUGCUUAGUUCAACUUCCAAGUACAAAGUAACAGUGGGAGAAGUUCAAAGGCGCCUUUCUCCCCCCGAGUGUCUGAACGCAUCCCUGCUAGGAGGAGUGCUGAGAAGAGCCAAAUCGAAAAACGGGGGGAGAUCUUUGCGAGAAAGGCUAGAAAAAAUCGGUUUGAAUUUACCAGCCGGCAGGCGUAAGGCUGCAAAUGUCACUUUACUCACCUCCCUGGUGGAAGGUGAGGCCGUUCAUUUAGCCCGGGAUUUUGGGUACAUCUGCGAAACGGAGUUCCCAGCCAAGGCUGUUUCUGAAUACCUGAACAGACAGCACACAGACCCCAGCGACCUCCACUCCAGGAAAAACAUGCUGCUUGCUACAAAGCAACUUUGUAAAGAAUUUACAGAUCUCUUGGCCCAGGACAGGACACCCAUUGGAAACAGCCGGCCCACCCCUAUUUUGGAACCAGGCAUUCAGAGCUGCUUGACUCACUUCAGCCUCAUCACUCACGGCUUUGGGGCUCCCGCUAUCUGCGCCGCCCUCACGGCCCUCCAAAACUACCUGACUGAAGCUCUCAAAGGCAUGGACAAGAUGUUCUUGAACAACAACACUGCUAACAGGCACACAUCUGGCGAAGGACCAGCUUUGCCCGCUUGGCUUAUGAGCUUCUUCAAAGAGGACUAGAGAUCCCUACACAGUAUAUCAGGUACAGAGAAAAAAAAUCCACAAUUCUGAUAUUCUGAUACUUUUUUUUUUCUUUUUUCAAAUCAAAGCCAGUUGUUUCCGAAUUCCGUAGGUGCACUUCUUUAAAGAAGCUCAAAGGGAAUAAUUGGAAGGAGAUAAAACUAUGAGUUGAAAUCGAGGUGUGAUACUGCAAAGGAAAUAAGAGCUGUGUUGAAUGUUACCGCGCUUUCUUGGCACUGGGGCUUUGUACCAGGGAGGAAAGGGCUGCCAUGUGAGCUGGCUCCUCGUGAUGGGAGCGGGGAGGGUUUGCCAGGGAAUAUCCUGGUUUCUCAUCUCAGUCUGAUGAAAUCUGCUUCUCUUAGAAAGCUUUUCAGAACUGUCUUGUGACUUUCGCUUUAGAAUGAGUCGAUGCGGUAGGGGCAAAUCUGCUGAACUCCAAUGUUUUUCUUGGUGGUUUGGUGCGUGACAGGAUGUCUUAUGCAUAUGAUUUGGGAGGGGUGGGGGUAGUCUGAUUUCUUCUUUUUCUUUUUCUUUUUUAUAGCAUAUCUUUUUUCUGUCUUAUAUGGUAAAAGAAAUAAUGCUGAAGUGUAAAGAUGUGAACUGCUGUUUGGAUUUUGCCCUAUUGUAAUUGCAUGUAUUUUUCAGUGGGGCAGGAUUCAUGCACUAAUGCAUCUUUUUGCUUAUGUCAGAACAGUUUCUGGGUAUCUGUGGGGUAAAGCCUGGCUGUCCUGGAGUUGAUGGCAAAAAUUCAUUGGGGCCAGGGCCUCCCCUAGCAUCUCUCUUAGAUUUGCAGUGCCCAGUGCCAUCAAAUUGAGCAGGCACAACUGAUUCCCAAAGAGUGGGCAAGAGAAGCCAUCAUCUUGGUUUAAGUUCUAAGUAUCUUCCAAAGUGGACAGUGGAGAGAAAUAAUUUAGCAGUACUCUACUCCUUGACCUCCAACAAAAUGUUCUUAAGGCAAAGCAGAUGAAACUCUUGAUUUGUACCCAUAAUGCCCUAGCUAUCUUAGAUAAUACAGCAAAAGGAAGUAUCAGCUUUCAUCCCCCAUGAGUUGGACAUAUGGCAACAGAACCCCGGGGGUUUUCCUGCCUUGCUCAGACCCGGGGAGCACCCAGCCCUCAUGAAAGGCUCCUCAUCCUUGGUUCCUGUGGGGCAGAGUGCUGUGGGCAUUCUCAUGUGAGGAGAGUGGGAAACUGAGGCAGGUGGGUUGCUGGGAUGAGCUGGGAAUGGCCUUCAGCCAUGGCAGCAAGCAAUGGGUUUGGCAGUUGGCAGAUCCCUGCAGAUGUCCCCGGAGGAGAUGUAGAUGCUCAGGCAACAUAGAUCCCACGGAACCCCUACUGUGAUGCUAGGGACCCCUGGACUGAAGAGCAGCCCUGGCCUUCUCUUUGCCCAUCACUGCCCUCCAUCCCCGUGGAGAGCAACAAACUGGGUUCCAGCACAGGACAUGCUCUAGCAGCAGGAUGCAUGAGAGGAUUGGGGAUGUGCAUGGAUGUCUAUGGAGAAGAAUGAAUGACACAACCUGAAAGCAAAUCUGCCCAUUGAGACAUUUUUUGAAACCCAGCUCAGUGUUAAACACCAUUUUGUCUUUGUGAGGAACACAUGGGUCCAAAUUCUCCAACAUCCCCAACUUGGGGGGGGAUGCAACACAGCAGGGAGACCACAGGUUAGAGCUGAGCCUUCCAUCUCUCCAGCUGCAGGGGCAGAGAGACAUGGGGACCCACUCCUCGUCACCCAGGAGCUUCCAGCUGGAGGUGUGGGGGGACACUGGGGUGCUCCUUGGUGUUGGAGGGGUUGCUGGGGAUGCUCCUUCCUUUUAAAUGUGAAAGGGCAUCACACCACCACUGUGACCUAACGGGGAGAGGGAGCUGCUUGCAUCUUCUCAGGGAAAGAUCUACACACACGUGUGAGGGCCUGAUCCUGCUGCUGCUGACAUCUUCCCUAGGUGAAGGUUUGGUCUCCUGGAGCAGGACCUAAAGCCUGGGAAAGUCAAAGGGAGAGUUUCAGUCGACUCCUGGCAACUUUGGAUCUGCCCUUUGUGCCUCCUACCUGGAAGAGACAGACUGCAGAGGCCAGGCUGUUCUUUGCUCAAGCCAACAUAAAAUCCCCACCGCUUUCAGAGGGACUGUCCUGUUCUUUUCUUCUUCUUCUUCUUCUUCUUCUUUUUUUUUUUUUUUUUCUUUUCCCUGUGCUUCCUAAAGUCCAGAGGAAAAACAAAGAAACAAAUCACGAGGUUUCUGAUUCAAAAGCAAGCAGGGAGAAGUUAGGAUGUAGGAGCGUACCCAUCCAUCUCUGUUGAGAGGACACGUCCAUCUCCUCCCCAGAGGACACAUCCAUGCUCGAUAGCUAUGGGUACUGAGGAUGGAGGUCCCCCCAGAGCUGAUUUCAGCUUCCCACUGAAAACCCUUUCCCUGUUGCCCUGCUCUUUCCCAGCCCAACCACUCAUGCUUGUUGGCGGGGUGUCUCGGACGUUCAUCUGAUAAUUGAGUUAUUAAAAGAUUCCUUUUUUCUUGGGAUAGUAAAUCAACAAACAGGAGGAUUAACUCAGCAGCUUUGCUUUGUAACUCAAGGGAAAAGUUUGAGGAGAGACUGUGAAAAGUUUGUUUUCAAACCAAACAGGUGGGUCGCUGUAAGUUUAAUUUCAUUCUUAGCCUCGUUUUUCCUUUUCUUCUUUAAUUACAAUUCUGUUUGCUGUUAGAAAGAGCUCAGUUUUCAUCCUCUCCUCGACUUUUUUUCUUUUCUUUUUUUUCCUUCCUUUUUCUGGUUGCUAUUCACACGAGGUGUGAAGGAAACAAGAAGCCAAUGUUAUGGGAAACCUUUCACAACGUGGCUGUUUCUCUGAAACCAAGUGGUUGCAUCUUGUCCCACCCAAUGGAAGUUCUCUGUGAGAAGCUGCUCUGAGUCCCUUCACAUCCCGGUCCCAAACUCUCCCCAUAGCCCCGAGUUUCCAUGUGGGCUGGGUGGGGGGGAGAAGGAUGGUGUUAAAGACAUUUCACUGCCCCCCAGGGCUCACUCAGCUCCCCCUCUCAUAUCUUUGCCGUUGGUGUAAUGCAGAUCCAUUCGGUUCGGGUUGAAUACAGAGAUUUCGGUGCUGGGUUCAGCAGCCCUAAGCAUUGCCAGAUAGAUCUGGGCAAAAGCCCCUUCCACUCUGGCUUCCCUGUGCAAAAGACCGUAGGCUUUUUACAAAUAGUCUAUUUUCUUACACAAAGAUGAAAAGUAAUAAAUAAUAAGAGAAAAUACCCCUGAGCGCACUGGCAAACGCCGGAACAUUUCGAGAGUGACGAAACAUUGUGUGCCAGCAAGAAAUAAAGGGAAAGAAAACCAAACCAAUGCAAAGCGGUGGAGGAAAUAGAAAGAUGAAAGAGGAUAGAAAUACGCUCUCCUUUCUGUGCCCCAAACGAUCCCUUUCACCUCCUCUUCUUGAAAAAAAUCUGACCACGAAGUGAGAAAUAUGGGUUUAUCGACUCUUCCUGAGAAGAAAUGCGGAGAGGCAUUCGGUGUUGAGUUUGUAUAUAUUUAUUUAUGCUUAAUUUAACGGGAAUGUGUAAAUAUGGCGAGCAAGUAGUUUUUGGGUUAUUUAUCUGUGAAUCUAUACCUCUGUGAACGGGUGGGGGAAUCUAAAAGAAAAAAAAAAAAGGAAAAAAAAAGAGAAAAAAAGAAAACACACAGAAAAAAAAAAAAAAAAACGCUUGACUAGAUAGUAUCCUAUCGGAAUCUCUUCUGUUCUUUAUAGACAAGCUGUUAUGGUAAUGGGUAGAAAUUGGUUUCUUGUCCCGUGAUGACCUGAUUUACAUAAAUAAUAAGAAUAAAAACAAAGAGAUUGUUGUGUUCUGUUGUAUUUUCCUCUUCAGUUUUUUUUUAUUUUACAACUUUUUUAUUUGAUUUAAUUUGAUUUAAUUAUUAUUAUUAUUAUUAUUUUUCGAACGUUGGUGCUGCUUCGAUUCUGCAGACGGAUUCACUUCUAACGCCACGAAGUCUUUAUUUUCCCAAUGGAGGCUUUGGGAAAAUACAGGACGUGUCUCUACAAUAAAAAAAAAAAGGAAAAAAAAAAAAAGAAAAAAAAAGACAAUAAAUACUGCUUCUCAGAAAUGUUGGUAUUUUAUUUCUGUCUGACUCGGAAGUGUCCGUAUUUUUACCACUCUUACCUCUUCAUUCUAAGCAGACCUGUAAUAAACCUCACGUCAUGUUAACGUGAUCUUUCAUUUCAAUUUGCCUUUACUGGCUGAGUUAGCAGUAAAUGUUUCUAUUUGCAGAGCGUUAGCCAUUGAAUCAAAGUGUUAUGUACCAUUAUAAACUUUUUUUUUUUUUUAAUAUUAUUAUUUUCUUUUCCCUGCGGUCCCCAUUGCUGUAUUACAGUUACUGUACGUUUCACUGAUGUCUAUGUGGAUGUGUGUAUAUAUGUAGAUAUAUACUCUUCUAUACAGAACGGGAGUGAUGUUCGCGGCGUUAUUUUCUACUUCUAGGACUACAGUCGCAACACCAAUCACUACCAAAAGGAAAUAUUAAAAACCACCCCCCGAC